AUGGGUGGUUCCACUGCGCAACAAAUCCGGUGUUCGUCUGAUCUAGGCGUUUCAACGCAUUUUCAAGACGGGACGUCGACCGCUGUACCUGCAAACGGACGACGGGAAAGAGUUUCUGGACAGACCGAUCAAAGUAUUAAAGGACAACGAGGUGUUUUCUUUCACACGUUUAACGAGACCAAAGCGUCCGUGGUAGAACGGUUCGACCGUACUUUGAAAGGACACAUCUACAAAUAUUUCAACGCUCACAACACUCGACGGUACAUGGAAGCCUACAAUCGAGCGUAUCACGGGAGUAUACGGCCGGUCGCCAUCGAAGUCACCACCCAGAAUCAGAAAGAAGUGCGUCAAGCAUUUUACUGUCCACCCACGUCCAAACGAUCGGUGUACCGUUAUCGCGCCGACCUGGUGCGUAUAAGUAAAGUGAAAGGGAAAUUCGAAAAAUCGUUCCUCCCGAAUAGGAGCACGGAAAUGUUCCGCAUCGUCCGUACCCACCCUCGUCAGCCUGUCGUGUACACACUGGAGGACUUCAACGGGGAACGGUUGCUCAGGACGUUUUACGAGACCGAAUUACAACCAGUGAUGGCCGCGGCAGACAAGUUUUAUGAGGUGGAGAAGAUCUUUAAAAGACGUCGUCGAGAAAAACUGUAUUAUUGGGUGAAGUGGGUUGGCUAUCCACCCAGCUUUAAUUCUUGGGUGCCGGCCACGGACGUCAAACGUAUUUAA